AUGUCAAAACUAUUUGUUGGAGGCCUUGCCUGGCACACCGAUGAUGGGACUCUGAGAGCCAAAUUCGAGGAGUUUGGUACUGUCGAAGAGGCGGUCGUCGUCAAGGAUCGUGAUACCGGAAGGUCUCGUGGAUUUGGAUUUGUCAGAUUCACAAAUGACACUGAUGCCACCGCUGCAAUGGAGGCUAUGAACGAUGUUGAGUUUGACGGCCGUAGAAUCCGUGUCGAUAAGGCCACUGAUCGUCGUGCACCCGGAGGUGGUGGAGGUGGUGGUGGCUAUCAACAAGGUGGAUAUGGCGGCGGCGGUUACGGCGGCGGCGGCGGUGAUUACGGCUCUGGUUAUUAG